GUGAUUUUCUAUUCAUCGAUUGAAGUCUUUGUUUUAUAUACCGGUACAGAAGGUUGAUAAGAAAUACUUAACAGUGAUUCUAAUUUUGUAAGCGUUUUGAUUUAGUUUGUGAUCAUGUCCUAUCAAUACCAUCAAAUUGCCAGCUUACUGGAAAAAAUGACUUCUAGUGACAAAGAUUUUCGUUUUAUGGCAACAAAUGAUUUAAUGACGGAGUUACAAAAGGAUAGCAUUAAGCUUGAUGACGAGUCUGAAAAGAAGGUUGUGCGAAUGAUCUUAAGAUUAUUAGAGGAUAAAAAUGGCGAAGUCCAAAAUUUGGCGGUAAAGUGUUUGGGGCCCUUAGUAAACAAAGUGAAAGAAAACCAAGUAGAAACUAUUGUUGAUUCUCUAUGCUUGAAUAUGAUAUCAAAUGUUGAACAACUUCGCGACAUUUCUAGUAUUGGACUUAAAACUGUUAUAUUAGAACUUCCGCAGUCUUCGAAUUCGUUAGCACCAAAUGUGUGCCGGAGAAUAACUGGAAAGCUCAAUAAUGCAAUAGAGAAGGAGGACGUUUCUGUUAAGCUCGAAGCUCUUGACAUUCUCACCGAUUUGCUUUCACGUUUUGGACCGUUUCUGGUUCCUUUCCACAAUCCAAUUUUAAAAGCAUUAGUCCCUCAACUAGAGUCUCCUCGACAAGCUGUGAGAAAACGUUCAAUCAUUGCUCUUUCACAUCUACUUUCGUUAGCAGAUGAUUGCAUCUAUGACAGUGUUAUCGAUCGCCUCCUCAAAGGCUUGAAAAACAACCCUAACUCAGGCGCUGUUCGCACUUACAUCCAGUGUUUAGCAUCGAUUUGCCGACAGUCUGGACCACGUUUAUGUAAUCAUGUCAAUCCAGCUAUUGAACACUUAAAGAUGUAUAGCUAUUGUGAUGACGAUGAAGUCCAUGAAUUUUGCCUGCAGGCGUUUGAAGCCUUUGUGUACCGAUGCCAAGACGCCGUUACUCCUCAUGUGUCUAAGAUAUUGGACAUCUGUCUGAAAUAUUUGAGUUAUGAUCCAAACUACAACUACGAAUCUGAUGAUGGUCAAAGCUGCCUUGCAAUGGACACUGAAGAAGGAGAUUAUGCUGAUAGUGAUGAUUACAGUGAUGAUGAUGAUAUAAGCUGGAAAAUUCGGCGCGCUGCCGCAAAAUGUUUAGAAGCUCUAAUAAUAACUCGCAAAGAAUUGCUUGAACGCUUUUGCCAAGAUUUAGGUCCCAUAUUAAUAUUACGUUUUAAAGAACGAGAAGAAAAUGUCAAAUCGGACAUAUUUCAUGUAUAUAUAACUUUAUUGAAAAGUACAAAGGCGCCAAACGCUUCAUCUCCAGACCCCGAUUCGAUGGAAGAAGUUCCACGCACUAUUGCUCUCCUUCAAGACCAACUGAAAGACAUCAUUAAAACUAUUCAGCCCCUAAUGCGUGAUAGGUCAAUGAAAACACGGCAGGACUGCUUUAGUUUGCUACGUGAAUUGCUAAGCGUAUUACCAGGAAGUUUAGGACCCUAUUUGGAUGAUAUUGUGCCUGGCAUUAGUUAUACCCUAAGUGAUAAGAACUCAACAAGCAACAUUAAAAUCAAUGCAUUAGGAUUUUUAUGCUUAUUAUUAACAAGUCAUACACCUUCGCAUCUUUUUCAACCACAUUUUUCUGUAUUGUUACCACUUAUCGUUAAUGCAGUAUUUGACUCAUUUUAUAAAAUUUCUACAGAGGCACUUCAAGUUUUGCAAGAACUUGUAAAAGUUAUUAGGCCUUUAGAAGAUCAUUCAGAGCUACUUCCCGCUACUUUUGAUAUAAGUCCGUUUGUACAAGAUCUUUACUCUGCCACUUUAAAAAAAUUAAUGACUGCGGACGUGGAUCAAGAAGUAAAGGAUCGUGCUAUAAGUUGUAUGGGUCAAAUAAUAGCAAAUAUGGGGGAUUAUUUAGUUCCACAAGUAAAAACUUGCCUCCCAAUUUUGAUGGAGCGUCUAAAUAAUGAAGUAACCCGCCUAAGUAGCGUUAAAGCAAUUUAUAUGAUUGCGGCAUCUCCUUUGCGAAUUGAUUUAACUUUGAUAACAAAAGAAGUUAUUCCAGUUUUAGGCUCAUUUUUAAGAAAAAACCACAGAGCUCUAAAAUUACAUUCCUUGGAUUUACUCAAUAAGUUGAUAGAAAAUUAUUCCCAUGCAUUUAAUCCUCAAAUAUUACAGUUAGUUAUUAUUGAGCUCAAGCCACUUAUAUCGGAUUCUGACUUACACAUUGCUCAAUAUUGCUUAAUACUUCUAACUACAACUGCCCUUAAGCACCCAAAAGCAUUAGAAGGUAUUCAUGGACAAUUUUUGCCAGCUGUGUUACUACUUGUACGCUCUCCCCUGUUACAAGGUAGUGCACUUUCAUGCACUUUAGAUCUUCUACAAGUUUUAGUUCAAACUAAUAUACAUAAUUUGGACUACAAUUCUUUGCUUAACAAACUUAUGGAUCCAAUCAUUAUUGAAAACGAACAGCUCCACAAACAGGCACAUCACUCCUUAGCUAAAUGCAUCGCAGCACUCACUCUAAAAUGCCCCUGGGAAGCUAUUCCUCUGGCAUCGCGUCUUCUUGAUUACAUUCAAAAAUCAACUCAAUCUAAUGAUACUAAAACGAGCUUUUGUCUUCUGUCAAUUGGAGAGAUCGGUCGAAAUUUUGACUUAAGCCCAAUUUUUUCGUUGCCACAAACUUUAAUUGAAUGUUUUGGCGCAAGCUCUGAAGAUGUAAAGAGUGCCUCAAGUUUGGCCCUGGGCGCUGUGGCGGUUGGAAGUUUAAAAACUUACUUACCUCUAAUACUCAGAGAAAUAGAAGGGCAACCGAAGCGUCAGUACUUAUUAUUGCAUUCUUUAAAAGAAGUUAUUUCAUCAUUAUCUGCUAGCCAACAUGGACUUUCUCAACUACUACCAUCCGUUCCAUCAAUAUGGGCACAUUUGUUCAAGCACUGCGAGGGUUCGGAAGAAGGUUCUCGAAACGUUGUUGCAGAAUGUCUCGGAAAGUUGGUUCUUGUUAAUCCAGGUGAACUUUUACCACUGCUUCGCGAUGCUCUGUAUUCUAAUAAUGCAAUCAUGAGAGCCGUGGUGGUCUCUUCAAUAAAAUUCACAAUAUCUGAUCAACCACAGAUGAUUGAUCACUUAUUGAAACAAAAUUUAGGCGAAUUUCUUUCAUCCUUGCGUGAUCCAGAUCCAGGAGUGAGGAGAGUAGCAUUAGUUACUUUCAAUGCUGCAAUACAUAACAAACCAACAUUGAUACGCGACCUCUUGCCCACUUUAUUGCCUCUCUUGUAUUCGGAAACAAAAGUAAAGUGUGAAUUAAUUCGUGAAGUUGAAAUGGGGCCUUUCAAACACACAGUUGACGAUGGUCUUGACAUACGUAAAGCAGCAUUUGAAUGCAUGUACACGUUGUUAGAACAAGGGCUUGAUAGAGUUGAUGUCAAACAAUUUCUGGGGCACGUACAAGCUGGUUUAUGCGAUCACUACGACAUAAAAAUGCUAACAUAUUUAAUGACGGCCCGGUUAGCUGUCUCGUGCCCAGAUGCAGUUUUACAACAGCUUGACCAGUUCAUACAACAGUUACGUGAAACAUGUACUUAUAAAGUAAAGGCAAAUUCUGUUAAACAAGAACAUGAAAAACAAGAUGAAUUAAAAAGAUCUGCUUUAAGAGCUGUAUCUGCAUUAUCGCAAAUCCCUAACGCAGAUAAAAAUCAAAAUUUAAUGGAAUUUUUAAAAACCAUUAAGGACUCGCCGGAAUUGUGUAAAGUUUAUGACUCAGUACAAAAAGACUCAAAUUCAAUCAGUCCCGAGAGCACAUCAAUGGAUCAGAGUUAAAUGUUGCCGGCGGAUAUGGAUACCAAAACAUAUUAUCUUAAAAUGUGAAACUUUUGCCUACGUGUUAUAUGUAGAUAUGUUUUUAUUUGAAUAAACACACUUUUAUUAAUUA